CGAUUCAAGCUUUAUAACAAAUGAAUCUCAAAGUACUUCAUAUAAUAAUAUCUUAAGAUCUGAAUCAUCCAACCUUUCUAUGUCCCUCUAUAAUAAUUUUAUCGAUUUAACAACUGAUUUAAUUGAAAGUGCAAAUUCAACAAUUACCUCCUCAGAAAUUACAGAUUUAGCAAUUUCAACUAAUACUACAAGCUCAUCGAUUAUUACAAAUGAAAAUCUUUCAGAUAGUGAGAUUCCAGAAAUCGAAAUUAUCGAUCAAGAUGAUGAUCUUAAUGAAAUUUCAGAGAUUUCUUAUAAUUACUUUACAAAAAAAUUACAUAUUAGUGAAAUUCGAUAUUCACCAAUUUCAAUUGAAUAUCCUUCAACAUCCUUGGAGGGUAUAGCAACUAUUUAUAAUGUUUCAGAAUGGGAUGAUUUUAAUUCAGCAUUUUCCGAUGUAAGUAGUGGUGGAAAAAAACUUGUUGAAUGUGAAUUUUUAGGAUGCAAAGUAUACAAAUCAGUUAGAAUUUGUACUGGAGCAAAGAUAUGCGAAUUUGCAUCAGAUGAAUUAAGAAAUGCAACACAUACUGAAGUUAAUGAAAGUAUAGAUUUUUAUAAAAUAAAUCAACCAGUAGAUUCACAAACAUCAAUUGAAGCUAAAAUACAUGCAAAAUAUUUAGCAUUUGUUAAUACGCAAUGUCCAUAUAAUUCUAAUACAUGUUCUAGAAAACUUCAAGUUUGUCGUUAUGGAAAAAAAUCAGAUAAUGAUAUACUAUCAUAUUUUAUUAGUUGUUCUGCUUGGCGACUAGGGCAAAAACAUAUACAUUACAAGAUAAAUGAUAAUAAAAUUAAUAUUAAAAUGCUUGGAAAAUUAUUUAAAGGAACAUUUGUUGAUUUAGAUAAACCUGUACAAAAUUGUCGUACAAUUUUGUUUACUAAUUCUAGAAAAAAAGAAUGUUCUUAUUUUCAUUGUACAAAUGAAGGUCUUAAUCGAAAAGGAAAAAUUAUUAAAUUAGAUUGUAAUGUUCAAUUUAUUAAGUUAAUUCCAGUAGAUAUUAUUAAUACACCUUUUGUUGUUUUAAUAUGCAAAGGUAUUCAUACACAUCCACCUCCACUUCCAGUUAAUAUUCCUUUUGGAAUUAAAGUAAAUUUAGAACGUAUGAUUAAAGAAGCUACACAAACAUUUGAAAAACGAACAUUAAAAGUAAAACCAAAAUCAGCAAAAAAACAAAAAAAAACAACAAAACAAAUUAAUAUUCAAGAAAGCGAUGAUGAUAAUAUUAAAAACUUAGAAGAUUUAGAAGUUAAAGAAAGAAGAUUAGCUAUCAAAGAAAAAGAAAUUGCAUUAAAUGAGCGAGAAACAGAAUUAGAAUUAAAAAAAUUGCAG